AUGGCACCCUCGAGUCCUGCGGAAUCUAUAUCGGAUGAGCCCCGUGAUUUCUCCGGGUCAUACUCAUCUGACCAGGAAGAGAAUAGAGAUGUGGAAAUCCAGUCAAGAGCGCCGAAGCGCAGACGUCUUUCUGAAUCCGACGACAACGACAGUGGCAGCGAAAGCGAAAGCGAAAACUACGAAGUCGAUGAGGUAGAAGACGACGGCGACGAUGAACCCGCCUCGGCCCCGGCUCCCCUCCCAACCAUCUCCCGUAUCAAAAAGAAAGACGACAAACCAGCGCCAGCACCACAAAACGACAAAUCCAACCCCGAGCUUAUUCGCGACGCAAUCGAGAUCGGCCUCCAAAACGCGGAAUCGUCAUUUAAAGCGCUCAACGUGGCGCCUUGGCUCAUUGGUUCGUUGACGACUAUGGCAGUGCGCAAGCCGACGGCGAUUCAGAAAGCUUGUAUUCCAGAAAUCCUGAAGGGGAGAGACUGCAUCGGAGGCAGUCGGACGGGAUCGGGAAAGACAAUUGCGUUUGCGGUACCCAUGUUGCAGAAGUGGGCGGAGGAUCCGUUUGGUAUUUAUGGGUUGAUUUUGACGCCUACGAGAGAACUUGCGUUGCAGAUCUUCGAACAGGUGCAGGCGAUUUCGGCGCCACAGAGUAUGAAGCCGAUUCUUAUCACUGGAGGAACGGAUAUGCGACCUCAGGCGCUGGCAUUGGCGCAAAGACCGCAUGUGGUUAUCGCUACGCCAGGUCGAUUGGCUGAUCACAUAAACACAUCCGGAAAAGAAACAAUCGCAGGACUGAGCCGUGUGCGCAUGGUAGUCCUCGAUGAAGCAGAUCGACUCCUCACCAGCGGACCCGGCAGCAUGCUCCCAGACGUGGAAACCUGCCUCUCCGUUCUCCCGCCCUCCAGCGAGCGCCAAACCCUCCUCUUCACAGCAACACUAACUCCCGAAGUGCGCGCUCUACAAUCCAUGCCCCGUACAUCCAACUACCCCAAACCCCCACCCUUCAUGACCGAGAUCUCCCCCGAAACGAAAGGCAACAUCCCACCAACCCUCCACCAAACCUACCUCCAAGUCCCCAUGACCCACCGCGAAGCCUUCCUCCACGUCCUCCUCUCCACAGAAUCCAACAUCUCAAAACCAACCAUCGUCUUCUGCAACCGCACCGCCACCGCGGACCUCCUCGAACGAACCCUCCGCCGCCUCUCCCACCGCGUCACCUCCCUGCACUCUCUCCUCCCGCAAUCCGAGCGCUCAGCAAACCUAGCCCGCUUCCGCGCCUCCGCGGCCCGCAUCCUGGUUGCAACGGAUGUCGCUUCGCGUGGUCUGGAUAUCCCCUCCGUCGAGUUAGUCGUUAACCUCGACGUGCCCCGGAACCCGGACGACUACGUGCACCGUGUUGGCCGUACGGCGCGUGCGGGGAGAAAGGGUGAAGCGGUUACGCUUGUUGGACAGAGAGAUGUGGCGCUUGUGCUUGCGAUUGAGGAGCGCGUGGGGAGGCAGAUGGUGGAGUAUGCUGAGGAAGGGGUGAAUGUUGAGUCGAGGGUUGUGAGGACUGGUGUGUUGAAGGAGGUUGGGGUUGCGAAGCGUGAGGCUGCGGGUGAGAUUGAGGAGGGGAGAGACGUGCUUGGGAGAAAGAGGAAUAAGUUGAAGAAAGUGAGGUAG